AUUUCACACGUGGAAACAUAAAUUAAUUAUUCAAAUGUGGUCUGAGUCAAUUUUAAUAUUAAAUGAUUUAGUAUUCAAUGACAAGUAUAUAAACGUCAAGCAAGGCUCAACUAAAUCAGUUAAAGAAUAAACCUCAAAAAUGUCACAAACUAAACAACAAAGUCAACGGAGCUACGAGGAUUUCAUCUUUAUACCGAGCAUGAUGUUUAAAUCAAUUGGAUAUGACCUCUUCAACGUCCCAAAGCCAUUGUGGCAGAAUCUUCUGAUGCGGGCAUAUUUUCUAAUUGGCUUGGCAAGUCAUUACUACAUUAUCUACUAUAUGAUGCUGCGUAUCAUUCAAUGGGAUACUCUAUCCGGAGAUCCAGUGACUAUCAUGCGUUAUGCGGAGAUCUUCUUUCUUACAAUCAAUUCGGAAAUAAAGAUCUGUACAUUUAUAUACUAUCAUAAUCGCAUACGAGAACUCAGCAAUAAGUUGCGCAUAAUCUAUCCAAGGAAUGAAUCAGAACGUCGAAUUUACAAUGUCAAUAUUUAUUACUGGCCGCGAAUUAUACGUUAUGGAGUCUGUUAUUUUUGUUUAGUUGUGCUACUGGUGGUAUUUGGACCGUUUUUACAAUCCACCUGUUUAUAUCUUUAUCAGCGGCAUACUGUGGGCAAUGAGGCCAAGUUUCCCUAUCUACGCGCCUAUCCCAUGCAGCUCAGUUUCGAUUCGAGUUCGCCACUAAAUUAUGUGCUCUCACAGAUCUUGGAAUUUACUAGUAGUCACUUUUAUAUGACCUUUAAUAUAGGGACUGACGUGUGGAUGAUGUGUCUCUCUGGCCAAAUUUGCAUGCACUUUGGUCAUCUCGGACAUCAGUUGGCCAACUACCAUCCCAGCCGAGAGCGUUCGAUUGAGGAUUGUGAAUUUCUGGUCAGUGUAGUUAGAAAACAUCACCAUGUGCUAAGUUUGCACAAGGAGCUCAAUGAUAUUUUUGGAAUGCUGUUGGCCUACAAUCUAUUUACCACGGCCAGCACACUUUGCUGUGUUGCCUUCUACACAAUAUUACGGGGGCUGACUCUGUAUGGUAUCUCUUUCCUAUCCUAUUUUAUUAGCUGUGCCUCUCAGUUCUACAUGGUUUGCUACUACGGACAACUAUUGAUUAAUUUGAGUGAAGCAUUGCCACAGGCUGCUUACACACAAAACUGGUACGACGGAUCGCCCACAUAUCGAAAGCAUCUACUCUUCAUUAUGUCAACCACUGGGAAGCCGGCUGUACUCACAGCCAAGGGUGUGAUUAACAUAUCGCUGGAUACUUUCAAGAAUAUGAUGAACAUCACAUAUCGAUUCUUUGCGAUUAUACGCAGAGUACUGGAUGAUUAAAGAACUCAACUAAGCUGCAAAUCCCACUAAAAUUUGUAGACUUUUCUAGCACUUUAUUUAACAGUCUCUUACACAUACAAAUUUAUUCAAUUAAAAAUAUUUUGAAAUGUAUUAAAUUCUGAAGAAUAAAUAUUUAUUACCUGUU